AUGGCUUCUCUCAGGCAGGAGCACCACUACGGGCUCUCCUGUGGAAAAAAUAACAAAAACAGCCCCAACAGGACGCUGUAUCAUGUCAAGCUCACGGACACGGCUAUCAGAGCGCUGGAGGCGUACCAAAACUUCAAGGGGUCUUUAUCAAGUGAACCAUCAAUAUGUUUUAAAGAAAGCCAAGGGUACAUCAAGAUCCCAGCUCCCACAUCAGAGUCACCUUCUGCUCUUCGUGUCUUCUCUUUUUACUUAUCCAGCGACAGCAAAGACCAGCCACAGGCCAGCUUUGACUGCAUCCAUCAGUAUGUGUCAAGUGACGGCCGAGAGCAGCUGGAAGGUCAAGGCAGCAUCCAGGACAAGAUCACCGUGUGUGCCACAGACGACUCCUACCAGAUGACCCGUGAGAGGAUGUCUCAGGUGGAGAAGGACAGCUGGAGCCGCUCUGCCAUUGAGAUCAAACCCGGAGCAACACAUCCAAAUAAAUGUGUCAAGUACCAGAAGAGGCCAGUUUCUCUCUCUGCCUCAGACAGCAGCUUCUCUAAGUACUCUAUCAGUAACCGGAGGAAUAGCAGUAUGGCACCCUCAAUGCAGAAGCCCCUGAAGGACCGCAUCAUCCACCUGCUUGCUCUCAAACCAUACAGGAAACCAGAGCUCCUGCUGUGGCUGGAAAGAGAGAGAGCCAGCCCCAAAGACAAGGCCGAGCUGGGUGCUGUACUGGAAGAGGUGGCCAAAUUGAACCCCAAAGACAGCAGCUAUUCAUUGAGGGAUGACUUCUACAGGCAGGUGCAGAGAGACUGGCCAGGCUACAGCGAGGAGGAGAGGCAGCUUGUCAGCCGGCUGCUUGCUCGGAAGUUGCAGCCACAUAUCGGCAACCAGUCGCGAAAUCCCCAAGCAAACAUGUCAGUACUGAGGACCUCAGAGGAUCAAAGCAUAGCAAAAAAUCCUCCAGUGAAACGCCCUGUGCCUUUUGACGCACAGGAAAGACUAGCAGCUAAGAGACACAAACUCACAGACCAGAGGUUACAACAGCAGCCAGCUGUAAACGGACUCUUAAACAAUAAAGGAGGACAUGAUGAUGCAACCCCUACCCUCAACCCCAGUUUCCACACCAAGACUGAGUUUCAAAGGACAACAAACAAUACUGAUAGCCAAAAUGGUUUACCAGGGAGCCACAAUGGCUUUCCUUUAAUGCACAAACUAUCUAGCACUGCUGACUCACAAAUUUCAGAGAACAGGGGGCAAGAACCCAACGUAAGCAGCCUCCAGCCACCCCAGCGCAAUUCUGACUUUGCUCAAGCACAGCUCACCAACAGCCAGCACAGAAAGAAGAAAUCAAAAAAACACAAGGACAAGGAGCGGGAGAGGUUGAAAGACGACCAGGGAAGUGAAUGGUUAAAGACCAGUAGUGAUCUCAAGACGAAUCCAGACAAACUUGACAAUCCUGACAUAACAAAUGCCGUGGUUUCUGAGGAGAAGCCAGAUUAUGUGCUUGCAUACAACCCCAUAACAAGUUUGGAGCAACGCCAGCGGUACCAGGAGGAUUUCUGCGCUGAGUAUGAUGAAUACAAAGACCUCCAUUCCCGGAUUGCAACCAUAACUCACAUGUUUGUUCAGCUGGGGUCUAAAAUCAAAAACAUGUCCCCUGGUACACAAGAAUAUAAGAUAAUGGAGGACCAAAUACUAGAAAAGUACAACAAGUAUCGAAAGAAGUUCCCCGGUUACCGAGAAGAAAAGAAACGCUGCGAGUAUCUCCAUGAGAAACUUUCAUACAUCAAGCAGCUCAUCAUGGACUAUGAUGUCUCCAAGGCUUCCUCGUAGCAGAUUUUUAUAUAUGCAUAUACAACCCGAGUGUCAAAGAAUUUUUACUUGGUGAAAAGGUUUUUAUAUGAAAACAGCAGCCUCUAUUGCAGACCACAGGUGAUGCUGUGAGCAUUAAUGAGAUUAAAUCAGUAGCAGAUUUCAUUGUGGUCUUUCUAAGCCUAUUAGUUCUAUAGUUAUUGCAUUGAGAUGUCAUUGAUGUGAGAAGUCCAAGGGAGAGGCAAAGAGUAUGUCUUGGCACUAAUGAGAUCUUUGUGCAUCAAAUUGCCAAGACAAAUUUCCUAAUAAUUUCUGUCAGCCAGAGUCAGUGAGAGACAUUUGGAUGGAAAUAUGUCAAAAGUAGAACUAACUUUAACUCAUUCCCUUUGUUUUUGAGACUUGCGCAGUCAAAUGUUGCCUCAGGCAGUUUUUCACUCCCCUUUUUUUUUUUUUUUUACAUUUCAAGAUUUAAAUCAACAGCAUAAGAGACUGUACUGUACAGUUCCUCAUCAAAGUGCCCUCAUUUGUGAUUGACUGAAGCUGCACACUGCAAAAAAAAAGAUAAUUUAACUAAUUUCUCAGAUUUAGCCUUCAUGUCUUAUGUAAAGUGGGUGAAAUGUUUCCUUUUUUUUUUUUUUUUUUUCAACACUUUUGUUCCAGUGCUUCAGACAUUUAUCUUGGAGGAAGGGAAGUUUAAAGGGCGUUCUCCAUUAGAUUUGUUCUGUACUGGAAACAAGGGGAAUAAUUGUCACCCUGUGACAAAACAGUUUUUGAACAAUUUAUGUAAUUGCCAAUUUUCUGCGAUACAGCCAGUGUGAGGUUCCUACUACUUACUACUUAUGAGAUAUGUGAUUGUCACAUUUCACACAUUAAACUGAUUCAGACUCAUUUUGAAAGCAGCUGAAUCCAACAAGUGCAAAUCUGUACUUGGGCACCUGGUUGAACAUUUUGAGAGCUCCAGGUUCACACAGAUCCUACUGCAAUAAGUCAAUAUAUUGUAUUUAUUAAGUAUUUAUUAUCUACAUUCCCUUUUUUCUCUCUCUCUCGCUCUCUGGGCUAAAUGGACCAAAAUGCUCAGAUGUUAUUAAUAAGAAAGCAGCAAGUCUAGUUUAAAGUAUUUAAACCCACUGGAAAGAAGUGUCUUGGUCUCUUUUUACAUAGAACUACUGAUGUAUUUAUUAAGUCAUUUUCCUCAUUCCUGUGUCGCCAGUCUCCACAGAUCAUGGCAGCUGGUUGUAGAUGACAGUAUCAUAAUUUACUGUUAAUUUUGUCUCUGCACCCACAAAGGACUCUAAAUAAUAAUAGAUUAAUACUGCUACAAAAGGCAUCAGGUGAGAGGUUAAUAGCCACUUCACCUAACUCUCCAGUUAUGUUUGAAACCAUUCACUUGUACACUAUAAAAAAGGGUUGCAAAAACAAUGAGGCACAAAGCAUGGUGGGACUUUAACCUUCAAGUAACAGAAAUACUUAAGUGUCAGUUCUGACCUUGGAAACCUGUAAGCCUUUUUAACAUCAUGGGGUUUGAUUGUAAUUUUCCACUUCUAAGCACUAGAUUGUGAUGUUUUGCAGUGAGCUGUGGCUAACAGAGCCAAAGCAGCAGAAGCCUGAAUGCAGAUAAGUGACAAUGAAAGCUGCUAAAUCCUUCAGCUCAUUCUUGCAUAAAAAGGAUUACAAACCAUAGUUAAUUACAUGAGAACAUUAGAUGUAGGCAGCAUACAUUCACCGGCCACUGUUCAGCUAAUUAACACAAAUAUCUAAUCGACCAGUCACAAGGCAGCAAUUUGGUACAUUUAGGCAUGUAGACAAGACAUGCUAAAGUUCAAACCAAGCAUCAGAAUAGGGAAGAAAGUUGAUUUAAGUGACUCUGAAGGUGGCAUGGUGAUUGGUGCCAGAUGGGCUGAUCUGAGUAUUUCAGAAACUGCUGAUCUGAUGGAAUGUUUCUGAACAAUCAUCUCUAAAAGUUUAGAGAGAAUGGUCUGAAAAAGUGCAAAUAUCCAGUGAGCUGCAGUUUUCUGGGCAAAAAUGCCUUGUUGAGGUCAGAGGAGAAUGGACAGACUGCUUCCACCUGAUAGGAAGGCAACAGUAACUCAGAUAACCACUAGUUACAGUUGAUGUAUGCAAGACAUCUCUGAAAGCGCAUUACAUUGAACCCUGAAGCAGAUGGGCUACAGCAACAGAAGAUCACACUGGGUACCAUUUCUUUAAGCUAAGAACGGGAAACUGAGGUGACAAUUUAGGCGGACUCACCAAAACUGGACAAUAGAAGAUUGGAAGAAUUUUGUUUGGUUGAAUGAGGUUUCUGCUGUGACAUUCAGAUAGCAGGGUCCGAAUUUGGUGACGUGAAAACAUGGAUUCAUCCUGCCUUGUAUCAAUCGUUCCAACUGGUGGUGGUAUAAUGGUGUGGGGGAUAUUUUUUGGGCACAUUUUGGGCCCCUUAGCACGAGAGCAUCUUUUAGAUGAUGAUAAUGCACUAUGUCACAAAGUUUAAAUCAACCUGGUACUAGCAAGUUGUACCUAAUGAAGUGUCCGGUGAGCAUAGGUGCAAUAAGUACAAAUGAAUACUUUUUUUUUUUUUUUUUUUUUUUAAAUUGACUCCCUAUAUAAACAUCAUUAAUGAUCCCACUCUGUCAUUUUAUUCAUGAGAAAACUCAGUUUCUUGAGGGUUAAUGUUCAUAUUUUACUGCAUUUUGGCUUAUAUAUUAAGGUAAUACUAAACUGGGCACCUUUAUAGUGUGCAGUGGCUGGUUUCAGAAAUCUAUUGGUGAAAUGUGUGCAUUUGGUAACAUGUUAUAUAUUGUAGUAUUUGGGUAUUUUAAACCCAGAGGGUGUUAGGGCCUUGAAUUUUAACUAUUAAUCAGUGCCCAUUCAGACUGUAUUUGUCCAUUGUGGCUGCAGUUUUUGUACCGAAUGUCAUCAGUCAUUGACAUAGAAGCCUUAAGAUUACUUGUAUAGUCUUCAAACUGCCAAUAUCAAGACAGAGUUAUUAUCCACAUACACAUAUGUUAUCUGCCUUAUACCACAUUGUUAGCUGUUUCAAACUGUUUAAACGAAUGCCAACAGUUGCUUUCUGUAUUCAUAAUAGAAUCUAAAGUUCUCUGUUGGCUGUGGUCACAUUGCUUACUCAUUUGUUACAUUUGUAAUCCUGCUGGUACUUUUUUUUUUUUUCUCCCCUCAUCACUGAGGUGCAGGUAUUCAUCAUUAAGAAUACCACUUAUAUAUUUAUAGUGCUGCCAAUACUCCUAUUGACAUCCCAGUUUUUUUUCUGAGCACAGAGAGCAGUUUGAUAUGAAAAUCUGCUUUUUAGUGGUUUCUGCCAGAUUUCAAGCACAAAAAAGCCCAAUUUUAAAAGUAAGGAUUGGCUUUCAGGUAGUAAUUAUGAGAAGAGUUAUGGUUUGAAAAGAAAUACUCAAAUUAUUGAUAGAAAACAAUGAUUAUUUGUGGAUUGAGAUUAAUCAACUAUUAUAUUUGAGCAUGGUAAAAGUAUCACUGGUGAUGAAGGAAGACAGGAGAGUAUGCAUUGUGAACUGUCUUACAAUUGUGUACUUUCUCUUGUCCUAUUGUGCAAAAUUCAAACAAAUAAA